AUGGGCUCUACUAACAUUAAUAAUUAUGAAUAUGAAGGUUUUAUUGAAGCAGAUGAAGAAAAUGAAUUCAAUAUCUAUUUUCAACGUAAUGAACAUGAAGAACAUGAAGUGGAAGUUUUAAGCGAAGAUUUGGAAGUGAUUGAUAGCAGAAGGCAGUCUGCAGCUAGUAUGAGAAAUAACAAUAAUAAUCAAAACGAUUCUAAUCCUUUUCCACCACCACCUUCUUUUCACCCAUUGGUGCAUACACACAGUUUACAUGACGCCAUUAUCAAAUUGCCUCAUGAAUUAGGAUUAUUGUCAAAUUUGACACCAAUUUCAAUUUUUAUGCAAAUGAAAUAUUUAGUCAACUUGUUGAAACAGGAAGAGACUGGUAUCCAUUAA